CUUUGUUCUUUCCUGAUCAUUAUCCUCGGAGCGUACAUCUUCAGAAGUCACAAGCUCCGAGACAAAAAAAUUCUGAUUCACAGGGUACAUCGCGCUACGCCGUUUAUCCUUGACACAACAGCGGCUAAUUCUGCGUAGCUACCUCGCUAGAGAACAGUUCGGGGCUCGAUCCUCGGAGCUCAUCGGCAAGAGCUUUAUGCCUAGACUUUACGCCUAGAUUGUGACUGAACUGCUCGCACACAGAGAGAUAAAACUCAGCAAGGUAGUAUGGAUCAGACAGAGGCUUUGAAUAAUUUUCUCUCGUCGAUUGGCGAGGAGGUGGAAGAUGCCGAAGAGGAAUCCUUCCUCCUAUUCUCAAGAGACAUCCCUUCCGCGAACCUAGGCUUCGUCGACUCCCGUGCGACAACCGUCGACGUGACCAUCCACGGUCAAGACUACUCGAUCAGCCAAUCCCCCACCCUGCUCUCUUCAUCUCGAGCAGGAGGAACAACAGGCGCAGUCCUAUGGAAAAUCACCCCCGCCUUCGCAGAAUGGAUCGCAGACGCUCACUCAAACCCUCUCUGGAAACACUCUCUCCUGACCCCCUCCUCGACAGUCGUUGAGCUCGGCUGCGGCAUCUCAGGUCUAGUAGCGCUCGCACUCGGCCCGUCGAUACGGCAUUACGUCGCAACAGACCAGGAAUAUGUCCACCGACUUUUCCGCGAAAACCUCGAAAACAACAGGUCCGCUGCAACAUCAGCCAGCACAUCAACCAGCGCAAAGCCCCAGCCCAAGGGCAAAAGCAAGAAGCGGGCGACGGGACAGCAAAAACCGCCGCGCAAGCAAGACGGGCCCGGGUCAUCCAAUAUCACCUUUGCCGCGCUGGAUUGGGAACUGGAUGUUCCGGCGUCGUUGAAGGAUAGUAUCGGGCUCACUGGGAACGAUGACCGUGACCAUGACGACGAGAAAGGGGAGGAUAAAGGGUUCGAUCUCCUCCUAUCGUGCGAUUGUAUCUACAACGAGGCGCUUGUUGCCCCCUUUGUGCGCACGUGCGCGGAUUUCUGUCGCUUAAGGCCGGUUCAUACGGCCGGGCGGCGAGUGAGCCUGCCCCCGACGAUCUGCAUUAUUGCGCAGCAGCAGCGGUCUCCGGAUGUCUUUGAGGCGUGGCUGCAGGAGACGCUGAGGGUGUUUCGCGUAUGGCGGCUGAGCGAUGAGGCGCUGGGUGAAGGCCUCAGAUCGGGGACAGGCUAUGUUGUGCAUCUUUUACUGUUGAGAGAUGCUAACUAAGCUCUUGAAACACCCUGCCAGAGCCAGUAUGUCAAUUUUUUGAAGUCAUUACUAUUGAAGGACAUACAAAUUUCCGCUCAUCAGGGAUCUAGAUACAGUUCCAGAAUAUCCUGUGGACUGGAACGAAGUUUACUCGCCGGCCAAAAAUCAUCCGCCGUGUCAGGCAGAUAGAUUGAGUAGCAGGUGGUAUGCUUGGUCGAACCUGGAAGGUAUGCUUCUCUGGUGGUAAGCCAGCUAUAACAUGAUGGCGAUGAAUAAGAUAUCCGCAACGUAGGUUGUGUAAGAAGAGACAUUCCGCUCCGUCAAGUGUGUUAAAGCUCCAUCAGUCUGUGAACUAAACCUACUAUCAAUGU